UAGUGGGCCGACCUGGAAUUGGAAAAACUCUACUGACAAGAAAAAUAUUUCAUGAGUGUCAACAAGACAAAGAAAGACCUGGAUUCUAUCAUGGAAAAUUUAUACUAUUGAUUAAAUUUCGUGAUUUUAACAAAGGAAAAACAAGCCUUCGAGAAGUAUUAAGCAAGGCUCAUGGUCUUAAAAUGUCAUUAUCUUAUUGUGGCAUGACUGUCUUUCAAUUUGUUUGCAAAUACCCAAAAAAUGUCAUUCUUGUUUUUGAUGGCUUGGAUGAACUUAAAGUUGAUCAAGAGUGUUUAACUGGUGAAAUUAUUAUAAACAGCCCUGACAAAAAGUGUCAUAUGUUGCUUAUCCUUAAACAGCUGGUGAAAGGCAAACUAUUGCCUGGAGCCACUGUGUUAAUCACAUCUCGACCUACAGCAGAAUAUAUUUAUCAACAUGAUCAAAUUAAGUUUAAUCGGGAAGUGGAGAUACUGGGUUUUAAUGAGGAACAAAUAGAAAAGUAUGUUGAAAAGUUUUGUGAUGAUGACAUGAAAAGUUCAGAGAUAUGGCAGGUAAUUAAGAGCUCCCCAGAACUAUUAAGUUUCUGUUACAUACCAGUCAACUCCUAUGUAGUGUGCUUGACAUUAUAUGAGAGCAUUGAUUUUGGUGAACAAGUGGAGGAUGGAAACUAUACUAAUAUCCCCAAAACAAUAACUGAACUGUACAAUAGAGCUAUAAAGAUUUUGCUACUCAAACACAAUUUAAAAUACAAGAAUGAACCAGUAAAAAAGGAUUACUUGACUGCAAAACUUCCAAAGCAUUUGCAAGGGGACCUGGAGAAAUUAAAGGGAAUUGCAUGGGAUGGAAUGAAAGAAAACAAGCUAGUUUUUGAAUUUGAGAGCAGUAAUAACACUGUGGAUGGCUUAUCUGAUUCUGGUGUGUUCAAUCAAUUGAAAGACAAAAGACGAAAUAUUUUCUCUUUUCUUCAUCUUACAAUUCAAGAGUUUCUGGCUGCACUACAUGUGGUUGAUGAUAUCAAAAAUGUUGAAAGAUUUUUAGAAGAUCACAUUAAUGAACCCAGGUGGCAUUUGGUGAUCCAGUUUGUAGCUGGGUUACUUGGAGAUAGGAUGAGAGAGUUAAGGUCAGCAGAGCAUGAAGACAGUGAAGUGAUUGAACGUAUAUGCAAAAGAUUUCAAGACUGGUUGCCAAAGAAACGACGUAUUGACGAGAGUAAUGACAAAGGUUUACUCGUGAUAAAAAGUGUUUGGGAAAUGCAAGAAGAUCGCGUCAUGAAAAUGAUUUCGUCGUUUGCGUCUGAGGAUGAUCAUGAAACAUUUGCUUUGUUUGGAUUAAAUAUUGCACCAGCAGAAUCUACGGCUUUGUUCAAAUUUUUAAGCCACAUCAAGAACUUGAAACAGCUUCAAAUCAAUCUUUGUACUGUGACGAACAUUACUAUCCGUGAAUUGGCUGAGUUUUUGAAGAAAGAUAACCAUGACCUGGAGAGUGACAACUGUGAACUCACUGAACUAGAUGUAAGUAACAAUGGUUUAACAACUGAAGAUUUUAAAUAUUUAAGUGAUGCUUUGAAGAGUGACAACUGUAAACUUACUGAACUAGAUGUAAGUUACAAUGAUUUAAAAACUGAAGGUGUUAAAUAUUUAAGCGAUGCUUUGAAGAGUGACAACUGUGAACUUACUAAACUAAAUGUAAGAGUCAAUGAUUUAACAACUGAAGGUGCUAAAUAUUUAAGUGAUGCUUUGAAGAGUGACAACUGUAAACUUACUAAACUAAAUGUGAGUGGCAAUAAUUUAAAAACUGAGGGUGUUAAAUAUUUAAGUGAUGCUAUUUUAAAAACUGAAGAUGUUAAAUAUUUAAGUGAUGCUUUGAAGAGUGACAACUGUAAACUUACUAAACUAAAUGUAAGUAACAAUGAUUUAACAACUGAAGAUGUUAAAUAUUUAAGUGAUGCUAAGAGUGACAACUGCAAACUGAUUUACUAAAUGUAAAGUAAUGGCUGCAUUCGUUGUAAAACGCGCCAAACGUUGUGAAAUGUUUUUGUGAAGCUGUAUAUUGCAGGCAAAUCAUAUCAUUACUUUUCUUCAUGACACAUUCGGUAUAUUACUCUUGUAGUUUUUUACUUAUUCAUACCUCGAAGGUAAAAGUUGCGAGAACGUGAUUGUUUCAUCUGUGUGCAGUUGACAAUGAAUUGUAGACUCCUUUUAAGGAAACAAAUUAUCUUUCAAAUGUUUUUGAUUAAAUUUAGCCCGUGUGGAUGAGACGUUUAUAGGAAUGUAAAUUUAAUAUAUCAGUUUGCAUUGUUUAAAAAUCAAUCAGUGUUUGUAGUUUCUGAUUGUAGUUUCUGAAGUUUUUAAUGCUUUGUAAAUAGUAUUCUUGAGUGUAUAUGAUUGUAUUUUUUAUCAUUUGUAUAUAUAUCUU